AUGACGCGAGCAGUCUCGCGCAUUGCCAGCCUCGCUCCCGCGCCGUCGCGGCCCGCACUCGAGGUGGCCUCCGACAGUGCUGCGGCGCCACCGUCGGCACCCGAGCCAGCAUUUCCCCGCCCGCCCGCUGGCCCUGACGCCGCUCUAGCGGUAGCCCCGGCGUUCCCAGUUCCGCCGUCGUCUGCUGCUCCCGCUGCCAGUGCCAAGGCUUCCGUGGUCCCAAUCGGCAAGACGCAGAAGGUGAAGCCUAAGUCCGCACCGGGGCACCACUCUAAGGCAUCAUCAGCUGCUCAACCGCCGAAGCCGCGCCCCACACUCGCCGCAUCCAUCCUCAGCUGUGCGCGCGCGGCACCACCAGUCCUGUCAGUCGAGUCCGAGAGUGGCCCGGACGACGGCGUCACUACCAUGGCGAGUAUCGUCCCGAUGCCGCCCCCGCGCGCAUCCGGGUCCGGUGCCGAGCUCCGAAGUGCGCACAGAUGGCACCGAGCACGCGCCACAGCUCGACCCGGCGACAGUCCAUCUGCUCACCGAGCUCGCUCAGUCUUUGCACCAAGGGCCCAGCGCCUCAACUUCGACACCGCAACGGGGCACCGAUCAGGGCGUGGCAACACCUACGGCAGUUUCGUAUACAGUGGCAAAUGCCCGCGGCCCGGAGCCAAUUCGCGAGUUCCGAACCUUCCACUUCCAGCCGGAGAAAGGGGGCGCGGCGACUUCGUGCCGGCAUCGAUCUACAUGCUCACCGCGCACCGCCUAUACCCGUACCUGCUCACGCCAGAGACUGCACACGAGACACCGGUAUCGUUCGUCAUGGGCUGGCCCGACCGCGACACCACAUUGAAUGCCGAUUCGUCGGACGUGAAUUACAACCUCGAUUUCGGUAGCAACGCGGCCCCACCAACGCCCCCGCCCUGCCGAUCCUACAACGAUUUGUGGCAUGAGCCGAUGGUCCAUUCCUUAGGUAAAGAAGCGCCUCGGUGCGGCCUUCGUACACCUCCCGAGCGACUCACCGACGUGGUGGCGGAAUUCCGCCACAACGGUCGCCCUAAUCGACUACGGGUCCGUCGCCUGGGCCACGACUCAGCACAAACUGGUGGCGACCCCCGCGCCCAUCGUCAAUCUCAGCCAGCGCGUACCGCGCAUGCGGCAGCCCGCACGAGUUUUCUCCAGGCUUUUCUCCACGGCCCAUCCCAACGCGGCCGCACGCGACACAACGGGUUUCCGGAGCACAUCCGGGCAAUGAUUCCGCGCAACGAUGACGGUACUGAGCCUUGUCUCAAGUUCUUGGCUGGGGCAAUGUCCGACAGCGGGACACGUGACGUCUGCGCCUUCGCCAACCUGGCCAACUGA